AUGAGCCGUCCGCCUUCUUCCACCGGAGAUGUCCUCCUCUACUUUCUUGCCCUCUUCAUCCCUCCCAUCCCCGUAUUCAUGAAGAGAGGAUGCGCUGCUGAUCUGUGGAUAAAUGUCCUACUUUUCAUCUUGGGUUGGAUUCCUGGCGUCAUUCAUGCCUGGUGGAUCAUAUCCAAGUACGAGCGACCUGCUGGGGCCCCUGUUGGUCAAACAUAUCGAUACUAA